UUUCUUUCCUUACAUUUAUAUUUUUACAACUUUAUAUCGUAUGGACGCAUUUUAAUCCCGGAGUAGAUAAGGUAAGGUCUCCAGUCUUCUAUGGAUGAGGAGAGAGAGGAUGGGGGUCCUACCUCUAAGACCACUCUGUCUGGGGAACAUGGCCGCCAGAGCAAAGCUAAGAGGUUUUAUGUUUAAAGGUUCAAUGUCUUUCAAACUGCCGAUUAAUUGAAUCAGUUAGAAUUUAUCUUUGGGGGUGAAGUGAUUUGUUGAAACAAAUGAUCCAUGAAUAAUAACACAGGUCUGUGUAGAAAUGUAGAAACUGCCUGCUUUAUUUUCUAUAUUAGCUAAACCUAUUGUGAAUAAACACUAUGCACAGUAUGUAUACUAUGCACUUUUAUGUCAACAUGUAAGUGCUUGAAUGCCAUAAUAACUUUUUCUGCCCCCCCCCUUUAGAUUUCCAUUUCAAUAAACUGAGAAAGAUUAUUGAAAUGAAAAGUCAUGAGAAAGUAGUUGAGUAGCCCUGCAAUAAAUGAUCAAAUGAAAUGACAUGCACUAAUCCUAACUUCCAGAUGGUUCUUGUUUUUCUGAAGGAGGCAGGAGAGAGCAGACUCCCCUGGACCCAGCUGUGUCUCCAUGAAGAGUGACCACUAUAUGGGUAUACCCCCUGAGCUUAAAGAUGGACGCCCCUCCAGAGAGGAGGGGCGUAUCGGCUAUUCUUAUCCGUGUUUGUAUUCGUGUUUGUAUUCGUGUUCGUGUUCUUGUUUGUAUUCUUGUUUGCAUUCGUGGUCAAAAAGCGAUAUCGCUCAUGCGGCCCCCUAAUGGGCCUCACAUCCUGUUUACCCAUAUUGAGUUCCAGGAGGCAUCUCCAACCAGCAUAAAAGUGCCAGCAGGGGGAGGUCAUUUUCAAUAAAAUAAAACUAAGAAUAAAUUGGCCCUAACAACAACAGGAGAAUUUCUAAUUUUAAGAACAGUAUGAGACUAUUAUUUGUUCUGUUCAGACUAAAUUUUAACUUUUUAACUUCAAUGUGGAGAUAUCUUUCCUCUUGGGGGUUAAAUGGUUUGAUCCCGAUACAGUAUGUAGGGUUAUUGCGUUGGUAUUGAUCCAGAUAUGUAGGGUUGUUGUGGGGGUAUCAGAUUAAAUUGUUUGAUCCAGAUAUGAAGGGUUAUUAUGGGGUAUCAAGGUUAAAAGGUUUGAUCCAGAUUGUGUGGGGGUAUCAGGUUUAAUGGUUUAGUCCAGAUAUGUAGUGAUAUGUGGGGCUAUAAGGUUAAAUGGUUUGAUCCAGAUAUGGAGGGUUAUGUUGGGGUAUCAGGUUAAAUGGUUUGAUCCAGAUAUGAAGGGUUAUUUUGGGGGUAUCAGGUUAAAUGGUUUGAUCCAGAUAUGGAGGGUCAUGUUGGAGGUAUCAGGUUAAAUGGUUUAACUAUCUGACCCACUUGAUUUAUACCUCUGUUGCCAUUUGUUUGUUAAUGUUUUCCACCCGCUUUUAAUAGGGGUUACUCCAAAUAGGGCAUGAAGUUAAGUAUGCUCCAUUGAAAGGGAGACGCUUCUGUAUAACUAUUACCUCACAGGAAAAUGUAAUAAGAGGAUUGACUAUUUUCAAAUUGGUUUUGGGGUAAUACCAUAAAGCGGUGAGGGAGAAAGUUUUGUCUUGGUUGGUUAAAAUUGUUUCCUCAAGCCAUUCCUAACUCACUCUGGCCUGUAUAGGCCCACAACAAAGGAAACCUAGCAUUAUAAGCAAGAUAGUAAGAAUAAACAUCAGCGACUACCAAUCCACCUAUUUUCCUCGAUCUGGAUAGUCGUUUGUAGCUGAUUCUUGUUUUUUAUUACUCCUCAAGAAAUCAGAGAAUAAUUUUAUAAUUUCUUUGAACCAGUAAAGAGGGAAUUUAAGAGGAAUUGCUGAUAUAAGAAUUAAUUUUUACAAUUUUCACUUCUGCACUACCCCAUAAUGAAAUGGGAAGAACUGUCCAUCUCUUUGCCGCUCCCUAAUUGUUUUAAGGGGGAGAGGGCCAUUUAAAUCAAAUAUGUCCCCUAUGGGAGUCUUAAUGUUGAUUCCUAGAUAUCUCAUACCUUGUGGCUUCCAUUGAAUGGGGGCUGGACCAAGGUGUGAAGAGUAGGUCAUAGGAAUUAAUGGGAUGGCUUCCCUCUUAUUAAAAUUCACCUUAUACCCUGAAAACUUCCCAAAAACCUAAAUUAAUUUCAUCACUUGCGGGAUUGACUUAUGUGGUUGUGAUAAAGUUAAUAACAAAUCAUCAGCAAAUAGAUUAGCGUUGAAAUCAUGACCCCCAAUCUGGAUACCAGUGAUUUUCCUCUCUGCUCGGAUAGCACAUACUAGAGGUUCUAAGGCCAAAAUAAAGAGUGAUGGCGAGGCGGGACAACCCUGCCUGUUAGAUCUUAGGAGUUGGAAAGGUUUGGAUAUUGUUCCAUUAGUUUUAAUUGAAGCACUAGGGUUAUUAUAGAGGGCCUUCACCCAGCUAAUAAUUGGUCCAAAACCAAAUUUUGACAUAACGUAAAACAAAAAUGCCACUCUACCCUGUCCAAGGCUUUCACAGCGUCCAGUGAUAUGGCUAUGGCUGGAUGCUGUAGAGUACUGGCUGUCGCCAUUACCUGGAAGAGUCUUCUCAUAUUGUUGGAAGCAAGUCAACCUUUAAUAAAUCUUACUUGAUCAAGAUGGAUCAAUGAGGAAAGGGCGGUCUCCACAGGCAUAGCAAGAAUUUUAGCAAACAGCUAGGAAAUUGGUCAUUUGAGAGUGAUCCUUACCGGGCUAAGGUAACAGCAAGAUAGCUGCUUGGCACAUAGUCGGUGGCAUUGAGUGGUUAGUUAAUAUAUUGUUGAAUAGUAAAGUAAGAAGUUGAGAUAAGUUAUGUUGGAGGCAUUUAUAAAGCUCUAUGGUAAAGCCAUCAUUGCCUGGUGCUUUCCCAGAUGGGAAAGCUUUCAAUGCUGAGAAUAUUUCCUUUCUGUAAGGGGAGCCUCUAAACUUUCUCUCUCCUCUUCUUUUAAAGUUGGAAGGGAGAUAUGGUGAAAGAAAGAUUCCAUCUCUUUCUCGUCUAUGGAACCUCUGAUACAUUUUUGAAUAAUAUUCUCUGAACGUUGUAUAGAUAUGUGUUUGUUCAUAAAUUACCUUACCAGUGCUUUUACAUGUAUUUGAAAUUGAAUGCCGAUUUCGUAAUGGUUUUAAUCUUAAGGCUAGCAUUUUGCCUGCUUUGUCACCACUUUCAAAGUAUUUACGACGAACCCUAAACAGUGCAAAUGCUGUCUCCUCAUGUAUGAUUGAUUGUAAUUCUGCCUUACAGAUCAUCAUUUUAUUUUAAUUGUAUAUUCUUAGGAUCCCGCAUAUGCUGUGAUUCUAAAGUCUUAGUCUCUAAAAUUAAACAGUUUUUCUUCAUCACCAUUCUCUUCUUUUUGGCUGUGGCGUAGUUAAUAAUCCAUCCUAACAGGUAGCCUUAAAUACUGCCCAUACUAUUUGUAAUGAGGGCACUGAAGUUAGAUUGAUCUGAAUUAACUCUUUUGUUUUCUCUUUUAACAUGGACACAAAUUCUUCAUCCUUGAGUAAAGAGUUGUUAAAUCUCCACUGUUUAUUUGUAUGGUUGAUUUGGGAAAGAGAGAGGAGGACAGACAGAGGGGCGUGGUCUGAAAUACUAAUAUUGUGUAUUUUGCUAUUUUGUCAAUCACAUAUUCUGAGAUAAAAGUAAGUAAUCAUGGUGCGUUCGAGUAUUCUCUGCGAGCCGACUCGGAUCUCGGAUCGGACGCCACGCCCACACUAAAAUCGUUUUAUUAUGUUUUGAGCAUAGGUCGUCGGAGAAAAACAUGGACGCCACCCGGAAAGCUAUUGUUGCGGUAGCAUUGGCCGACUACUACUACUAUUUUCAUUUAUAUUAUUUCAGGACUACGAAAUAAUAUAAAUGAAACGGUGCGUUUUCACCGUACGAAAACGCAGCCAUUUGAACUUCUACAAUUUUCACUUCAUUUCAUGUUUCAAUGUAUCUUCUGCAUAUGUAAGUUAUUACAGCAAUACGAGUGAUUGAAAUUGCGAUUUAAACCACCAAAGCGAUCCAAACACAAUGAAAACAGUUCACUGAAUGUCACACUGGGCGCAUCCAUCUUCAAUUCUAUCUCGGAAAACUCGCUCGGUCACCGCUGAGUUCAAACGAGAUGGCGAGAUCGACUUCCGAGGAAAAGGGGCGUGUUUGUGCGUGUCGCUAGGCAACGUCCUCGGAGCUCCGAGACGGAUGGAUAUUAAAACGCACCAUCAAUCCUUGAGUUUGGCAUCAGCGGAGCGUAGGAGGCGAGUGGGGGAGUGGCGAUGGAGGAGAUCUGUUAUGUACGAGGGUGCAAAGUUGUUGUAGCGCUUUGUAGGUGGUGAGGAGAAUCGUGUUCUCUUGAGGGGGAGGUAGUAAGCAGUCGGGCAGCAGAGUUUUGAACAUAUUGCAAUUUUUGAAGAAUAGUGGAGGGGAGGCCAGACAGAAUGCUAUUGCUAUAGUCAAGUCUGCAAGUGAUGAAGGCGUGGAUUAGUGUUUCGGCAGCUGAGGAGAAAACGGUGGGUCGAAGGCGUGCAAUGUUACGGAGGUGGAAGAAGGAUGUUUUACUGACGCUGUUUAUAUAUGACUUGAAGGAGAGCGUGGGGUCCAUGAUGAUGCCGAGGUUUUUGACCAGGGGGGAGGGAGUGACAGAGUGACCAUCUGCAAAGUGAGAAGUUCUGGGAGGUGGGGAUGAUUGUUUUUGGGCUGAAGAUGAUAACUUCAGUUUUAUUGCCGUUGAGUUUGAGGAGGUUGUGGUCCAUCCAGGUUUUGAUGUCCGUGAAACAGUUGGUGAGAGUUGAUAGGAAGGCAGGAGUAAUGGCUCUGGUGAUGAUGUAUGGUUGAGUAUCGUCGGCCUAACAGAAUAGAAUGUAUAUUCCCGCACACAAGGGUUCAAAACACGGCAUAUGUCAGACAUUGCCAAAGAUUUGUUUAAUUCUUUAAAUGCUACAGAGAGAGACCUAUCAGUAGGGAGUGUGGGGAUAGAUCUAUCUACUGCAGGAUCGCUAACCAGGUUAAAGUGUCCCCCAAUAACAAUUGGAUCAGCAGAAAAGUCUAGAAAGAAAUUUUGCCUAGGAAGAAAUUUGGUCUGGCCUAUGUUAGGACCAUUAACAUUCACCAAAGUGCACUUUAUGUUGUGUAAGAAACCCGAUAUAAUAAUAUAUCGACCAUUUUUGUCCACUAUUUCUUGCGUUAACUUAAAAGAUGAGCGUUUAGCUAUUAAAGCUAUCUUUCUUAACUUAACAGCUUCUGUAUUCUUUAAAUUUGUCUCCUGUAACAUUGCCACAUCACUUUCCAGGGAUUUCAAAUGUGUUAUUAUUUUAUAUCUCUUUGUUUUAUUGGAAAUCCCUUUUACAUUCCAACACAGUAGUUCAAUAGUGGUCAUAAUAUCCUCUUCUACAUUGAAAAACUUUACCCCUUAAUUUGCUGACAGGAGCAGAUAAUAAUAAACAAAAAUUUGCCCUGGAAUUAUAAAGGGUCUGCACGCACAUGGAUGGGGGAUAAGCAACUAACAUACAAAGAGAUGCCAAAUGGCAGAUACACACAUAACAAAAAGGAGAACGAAUCUUAGUCCAUUCCCUGUCCGUGAACUAAUAUUAAGGCACAGCUGGGUGUGUCUUUGUCUGCCAAGAUUUGUUUGGUAGCUCACCAACUGGUAUCACGCUGCUUUACAGUUUGCCUAGUCUCUUUGCGAUUUCCAACACCUGACAUUAACGCGUCCUUAUCUUAGGCACCUUUUCCGUUACUUUUAAGUUUGUUUGCAAAUAUUUAGAGCAACAAUAAAGGUGUUAAGGUUACCUUGCAGAGGAAGUUACCGUGCCACGCCUCGUAGUCACGUGACCUCAAGUUGAAUUAUUGAUCUGAAUUAGAAACAAUGAACUAUCACAGUUGUUCGUUUUAAGGAUUUUUUUUAUGUUGUGAGUGAACAAGUUGGUGCAACAAACGGUUUUAUCUUUACCCCAAUAAAGAUAAGUUUGAUGAAUCAACUAUCGUGUUUGCUCAUUGUCAUUUCAUAUUGCCUUUUGAUUUCUCUUCCAGGGGAACUUGAAAGGAUCCGUUCUGAAUUUGUGAAGGGAGUUUCAGAACCAGCUAUCAAAGGUCUCCUGGAUGACCUUUGGCAGCAGAAUGUGUUCAGUUCUGAGGAAAAGGACUACGUGAUGGCCGAGAGGACCAACGCAGACCAAGCACGUCGUCUGAUCGACAUGGUGAUCGGUAAAGGGGAGAGAGCAAGUCAAGCGAUGAUUGAUAGUAUGAAGAAGAGGGACCAUCACUUAUGCUCCACCCUGGGUCUGAUGUCUUCUCCUGCUGGUGUGGGAUCUGCUGCUGUCGAGUGCCAACAAAAAAUCAAGUCUAUUUUAAAGAAGAAGUUAUUUCGUGUGCUUGAGGGAAUCGCUAAAGCAGAACAUUCAACACCUCUGAAUGACAUCUACACAGAGAUCUUCAUCACAGAGAAAGGCAGUGGAGAGGUUAACCAGGAACAUGAGGUCAGACAGAUUGAAACAGCUUCCAGGAAACCAGUCAAGGAGGAAACACAAAUCAAAUGUGGAGACAUCUUUAAACCCUUACCUGGACAAGAUCAACCAAUCAGAACAAUAAUGACAACUGGAGUGGCCGGCAUUGGUAAAACCAUCUUAACACACAAGUUCACUCUGGACUGGGCUGAAGGCAAAUCCAACCAAGAGAUAGACUUCACGUUUCUCCUAACUUUCAGAAAGUUGAAUUUACUAAAAGGGGAAGAGGUUAGCCUAGUGAAACUUCUUAAUCACUUCUUUAUUGAGACCAAAGAAGCAGGAAUCUGCAGAUACGACAGGUUCAACGUUGUCUUCAUCUUGGAUGGUCUGGAUGAGUGUCGACUUCCUCUGGACUUCCAGAACAACCCGAUCUUUACUGAUGUCACAAAGUCCACCUCGGUGGACGUGCUGCUGACAAACCUCAUCAGGGGCAACCUGCUUCCCUCUGCUCGCAUCUGGAUAACCACACGCCCUGCGGCAGCCAAUCAGAUCCCUGAUGAGUGUGUUGACAUGGUGACAGAGGUGAGAGGGUUCACCAACCAACAGAAGGAGAAGUACUUCAGGAAGAGAUUCACAGAGGAGACAGUGGCCAACGCAAUCAUCUCCCACAUCAAGAAAUCACGAAGCAUCCACAUCAUGUGUCACAUCCCGGUCUUCUGUUGGAUCACUGCUACUGUUCUGGAGGACUUAUUCAAAAAAUCCCAGAUAGGAGAAGAGACACCCAAGACCUUGACUCAGAUGUACAGCCACUUCCUGAGGGUUCAGUCGAUACAGGAGGACAGGAAGCAUCAUGGGAGAACUGAGACAGAUCAACAGUGGAGUCCAGAGAGCAGGGAGAUCAUUGUUUCUCUGGGAAAACUGGCUUUUAACCAGCUGGAGAAAGGCCAAUUGAUCUUCUACGAGGCAGACCUGGCAGAGUGUGACAUCAAUAUCAGAGCAGCCGCAGCGCACUCAGGAGUGUUUACACAGAUCUUUAAAGAGGAGUGUGGGCUGUACCAGGACAAAGUGUUCUGCUUUGUCCACCUGAGCAUCCAGGAGUUUCUGGCUGCCAUUUAUGUCUUUAUGUCCUUCAUCAACGAUGGUGUCAAUCUGCUCUCAGGACCACUAAAAUCCCUGCGUGCUAUUUUUCUUAGAGAGAAAGGAAAUGUCAUACUCUACCAGAGUGCUGUGGACAAGGCCUUAAAGAGUGAGAACGGACACCUGGACUUGUUCCUCCGCUUCCUCCUGGGCCUCUCUCUGGAGACCAAUCAGAUUGUCCUACGAGGUCUGCUGGGACAGACAGGAACUAGCUCACUGACCAAUACAAAAACAGUUGCUUACAUCAAGGAGAAGAUAAAAGGAGAUCUUUCUUCAGAGAGAAGCAUCAAUCUGUUCCACUGUCUGAAUGAGCUGAACGACCGUUCUCUAGUGGAGGAGAUCCAACAGUACCUGACAUCAGGAAAACUCUCCAAAGAAUAUCUCUCUCCUGCUCAGUGGUCAACUCUGGUCUUCAUCUUACUGUCGUCAGAAGAGGAGCUGGACGUGUUUGACCUGAAGAAAUACUCUGCUUCAGAGGAGGGUCUUCUGAGGCUGCUGCCAGUGGUCAAAGCCUCUAAAACAUCUCUGCUGAAUGGCUGUCGUCUGUCAAAGAGAUGCUGUGAAGCUCUUGCCUCAGUACUCAGCUCCAAGUCCUCUCGUCUGAGAGAGCUGGACCUGAGUACCAAUGAUCUGCAGGAUUCAGGAGUGAAGCUGCUCUCUGCUGGACUGGGGAGUCCACACUGUACACUGGAAACUCUAAGCCUCAAUGGCUGUCAUCUUUCAAAGGGAUGCUUUGAAGCUCUGGCCUCAGUUCUCUGCUCAGACUCAUCUAGUCUGAAAAAGCUGGACCUGAGUGCCAAUGAUCUGCAGGAUUCAGGAGUGAAGCUGCUCUCUGCUGGACUGGGGAGUCCACACUGUACACUGGAAACUCUCAGUUUGAAAGGCUGUCAUCUGUCAGAGAGAUGCUGUAAAGCUCUGGCCUCAGUUCUCAGCUCAGAAACUUCUAUUCUGAGAUCGCUGGACCUGAGUAACAAUGAUCUGCAGGAUCCAGGAGUGAAGCUGCUCUCUGCUGGACUGGGGAGUCCACACUGUAAACUGGACACUCUCAGAUUGUCUUGCUGCCUGGUCACACAGGAUGGCUGUGCUUCUCUGGCCUCAGCUCUGAGCUCCAACCCCUCCCAUCUGAGAGAGCUGGACCUGAGCUACAAUCACCCAGGAGACUCUGGAGCUGCGCUGCUCUCUGCUGGACUGGAGGAUCCACGCUGGAGACUGGACACUCUCAGUGUGGAGCACGGUGGAGUGUGGAGGCUGAAACCAGCUCCACAGAGAUAUGCCUGUGACCUCACACUGGACCCCAACACGGCCCACAGGCGACUCUCUCUGUCUGAGGACAACAGGAAGGUGACGCGGGUUGAUGAGGACCAGUCGUAUCCGGAUCACCCAGACAGAUUUGACUCCUGGUCCCAGGUGUUGGGUAGAGAGGCUCUGACUGGCCGCUGUUACUGGGAGGUAGAGAGGGAAGGAUUGGUUGAUAUAGGAUUGACAUACAGAGGAAUCACAAGGAGAGGAGGGGGUUAUGACAGCCUGCUUGGAUGGAACAACAAGUCCUGGAGUCUUCUUUGUUCUGAUGGUCGUUACUCUGCCUGGUACAACGGUACAGAGACAGACCUCCCUCUCCGCCCCGCUGGCUCCACCAGAGUAGGAGUGUAUCUGGACCGGCCUGCUGGCUCUCUGUCCUUCUACAGAGUGUCCCCUGGCUCUCUGUCCUUCUACAGAGUGUCCCCAGGUGGAGGAGGGUCCUCAGACACACUGACACACCUCCACACCUUCUGGUCCUCCUUCACCCAGGAGGACCUCCUCCCGGGGGUGAGGGUAUGGUGGGUCGGGGGGUCCUCAGCCUCUCUGUGUCGGUUGUAGAAAACAAAACAGGCGCGGGACACCUCGU